AGUGAAGGGAGAAGGAGGAGGAAGGGACUAGAGGCCGAGCCCGGGCUUGUCGGGAAAGGGGCGGGCAGGAGGCGGAGGCGGAGCCAAGCGGAGCGGAACGGCCCCCUCCGACACCUCCGUCGUCGUCGUCGUCGCUGCUUCUCCUUCUCCUCUCCUUCCUCCGCCUUCGUCGUCGUCCUCCUCCUUCGCCUGUUCCUGGUUCCGAGGGGCCGGAGGGUCUCCCUCAGAGAGGCGCCGUUGCCGCUGUGGCGGCUGGUUUUUUCAGGUCUGGCAAAGAGAAGCUUCCUGAGCUGGAAUCCCUCAAAUAAUUUUCCGAGAUGAAGGCAGCAGAUGAGCCUGCCUACCUGACAGUGGGAACUGAUGUCAGUGCCAAGUACCGGGGUGCCUUCUGCGAGGCAAAAAUUAAGACUGUAAAAAGGCUGGUGAAAGUUAAGGUGAUUUUAAAACAAGAUAAUUCAACACAGUUAGUGCAAGAUGACCAAGUGAAAGGACCUUUACGGGCAGGUGCAGUUGUUGAAACCAAGAUGCCUGACGGAUCCUUUCAAGAAGCCGUCAUCAGUAAAUUGACAGAUGCCAGCUGGUAUACUGUAGUUUUUGAUGAUGGUGACGAGAGGACAUUGCGACGGACAUCGUUGUGUUUGAAGGGGGAGAGGCACUUUGCAGAAAGUGAGACUCUUGAUCAACUGCCACUGACAAACCCUGAGCACUUUGGAACACCAGUUAUUGGGAAAAAAUCCAACAGAGGAAGACGAUCCUCUCUUCCUGUUAAUGAAGAUGAAAAAGAGGAAGAAAGCAGCGAAGAGGAGGAAGAUGAUAAGAAGCGUCUCAACGAUGACUUGCUUGGUAAAAUUGUCAACGUGACAUCCAGUUCUGAGGAGGGCGAGUGUUAUCCAGCUUUGAUAUUAUCACCCAGCUGUAGUGAUGACAUUUCAGUGAAAAAGGACCAGUGUUUAGUUCGAUCUUUUGCAGAUUCCAAAUUUUACUCAGUAUCAAGAAAGGACAUUGAGAAAUUAGACAUCCAAAACAUUACGAAACAUGAGUUAUCAUCUAGAAAAGGGUUACAAGAGGCAAGCUACUUCUGCAAUCUGAAGGUUAUACCUGCUAAUUGGAAGAUGGAUAUGCGUGAAAUUUUGGAAUCCUCCAGCAGUGACGAAGAAGAGGGAGUUGAUGCUGGAAGUGAAGAGGAAGAAAAAGCAAAAAAAGAAAACAAGGAGGAGGAAGUAGCGGUGAGUCUUGAGGAAGAGCUUGAUCCUGAAGAGAGGGACAAUUUCCUCCAACAGCUUUACAAGUUUAUGGAAGACAGAGGCACUCCUAUCAAUAAGCCACCAGUUCUGGGCUAUAAGGAUCUUAACCUUUUCAAACUUUUCAGACUGGUAUAUCAGCAGGGUGGGUGCGACAAUAUUGAUAGUGGAGCUGUAUGGAAGCAAAUUUAUAUGGACCUUGGCAUUCCUAUUUUGAACUCAGCUGCUUCCUACAAUGUAAAAACAGCUUAUAGAAAGUAUCUUUAUGGUUUUGAAGAGUACUGCCGCUCUGCAAACAUUCAGUUUAGAACCAUCCACCACAAUGAACCAAAAAUAAUACCAAUAAUGCAGAAGCAAGAAGAACCAAUGGAGGAAAAUAUAAAAGAAGAGCGAGAGAUGUCCCCCAUAGAGGUUCAGAAUGAGGCAGAAGAAAAUGAAUGCGGCAGUGAAAGUGAAAAAGAAGAAAUCGAGCAGAGAUCUCCAAGGGGACGACGAAGAAUUGCCCGUGAUGUUGCUGUGGCUAAAAAAGAAGGUGAAGAUGAUAAAAUGCAGGACAAACUAAAAGAUAGCAACAAGGAGAACAAAGAGGUGGAGGAAAUGUCCAGUAAUGCAGAAAAAAGGGAAAACGAGAUGGUGCUUGGAAGCAGAAAGACCACACCAAAGCAAAAGGAAAAGAAAGCAAAACAGGAAGAGGAAUCUGACAGAGAGUCAGAUGAAGAAGAGGAGAGGAGGGAAGAACUUGAAAACCGGGGCGAAUCAGAAGGAGAGGAGGGUGAGGAAGACGCAGAGCCUUGUCUAACAGGAACCAAAGUCAAAGUUAAAUAUGGCCGUGGAAAAACGCAGAAAAUUUAUGAAGCCAGUAUUAAAAGUACAGAAAAUGAUGAUGGAGAGGUUUUGUAUUUGGUACAUUACUACGGCUGGAAUGUAAGGUAUGAUGAGUGGGUGAAAGCUGAUCGGAUUAUCUGGCCUGCAGAGAAGGGAGGACCAAAGAAGAAGCAAAAGAAAAAAGCAAAAAGCAAAGAAGACGGUGAAAAAGAUGAAAAGAAAGAAGAGGAGAAACAAAAAGCUAAGCGUGGACGCCCUCCUCUGAAAUCCACUCUUCUGUCAAACCUGUCUUCCUGUCUAGCGAAAAUUCCAAAUAAUGAAACUAAGCCAGGAGUCCGAACCGCACGGGGCAGCCAGCCAGACUGCUCACCUCUACCUAAUGGAACAGAAGGAGCACCUCGCAGGCAAACAAGACGAAGCUCAGGAAUGUUGGAUUCUGAUAGAGGCUCAAAUGACUCCAUUUCAUCUGACAGUGAUGCAGAUGAAGCUUCUGAAAAGAACAUGAAUGAAGAGCUUUCUCCAAACAAUUCUGAACUGGAAAAAGAUGAGAAAAGAAUGGUUGAUAAAUCUGAUGAAGAGAUCCCAAAGAUCACGCAUGUGCUCAAAGAGAAUGACAGGAAUCAAGUAUGCUCUCUAGAAACAUUGAAAUUAGAAGUUGAAGAGCAUGAACAAGUGGUUCAGAUUUUUGUAAACAAAAGUGAUCAAGUAGAGGACAUCAAGAGAGAAAUGGAGAAAUCACCUAAAGGGAAAGGACGACGGAACAGAACAAGAGAUUCUUCCUUAGAGAAUGUAAAGAUUGUACCACUAAACCAAGAAGAGCCAAGUGAGCAUCUUGUUGAAUGUGAAAGAUUAGAUACUUCUGCCUUGGACAGUAAAUGUUUGAGCAUCACUUGUGAGAAUGAAACAGAUGUUUGUGGAAAAGAGAAGAAACCUUUGAAAAGAAAAACAAUGGAACAGUCGUCAGCCGACAAACGGUUGCGACAGGAGAAUGAAGUGGAGGUGCCAAAUAUUGUGACUGAGGGGAAGACAAAUGAAUGUUCUGGGACAAAAGAAUGUAAGGAUUUCAAUGCUGAUGAGUCCCUCAGAAAUGCAAAUGAGGAAAUGCCAUCCUUGGUGGCAGAACUGGAUCAGCAUCUUCAAACUCGGGGAAAUGAGCAUUUUGAUUGUUCUUCUGAGGAAAAUCGUAACAUCCCCCUAAAGGAUGAAGAUGACUCCAUGCCUCAAAUUGGGCCCGAAACUCUCCUUUGCCAUGAAGUAGACUUAGAUGACUUUGAUGAGAAGGACAAGAAUGGGCCUGAGAACUCUGUCACGGAAAAACAUGACACCAAUAAUCCCAUUUCAAACCUGCCUGCCUUACCUCCUGUGGUCCAGUCAAACUUCUCUGUUGCCUCACCUCUCACUCUCAGUCAGGAUGAAUCACGGAGCAUAAAAAGCGAAAGCGAUAUCACCAUUGAAGUGGACAGUGUGGCUGAAGAGUCUCAGGAAGGUCUGUGUGAGAGUGAGUCUGCAAAUGGGUUUGAAGCCUGUACCACUUCAAGCAAUUGUAGUAUAGCCAUCCCAGAAAGGGAGAUGACAGAGAAGGGUCAAAAAAGGCCUUGUGAUAAUAGUAGCAGCUCAUUGACAAAGAAGCAAAAGCGAACCCCAAAACGAGCAACCACUGUAGCCAAAAAUGAAAAGAAUGGGGCAGGGCAAAGCAGUGACAGUGAAGAUCUUCCUGCCCUGGACCACUCAAGCAAAUGUACUUCUGUAAAACACCUUGGUGUGUCGAAGCCACAGAAGCUCACUCGAUCACCUGCAAGAGUGAUAUCCUCACAUAUUAAGGAUGGAGAUAAGGACAAACAAAGGGAGAAGAACCAUCAAAACGUUUCCCCAAGAGUGUAUAAGUGGAGUUUCCAACUAAAUGAAUUGGACAACAUGAGCAGCACAGAGAGGAUUUCCUUUCUCCAGGAAAAACUGCAAGAAAUCAGGAAAUACUACAUGUCUCUGAAGUCUGAAGUAGCCACCAUAGACAGGAGAAGAAAGCGGUUGAAAAAGAAAGACCGAGAAGUGUCCCACACUGGAGCGUCCAUGUCUUCUGGCUCUUCAGACACUUCGUCAUCCUCUCCUCCACAGAACGUGCUUGCAGUUGAAUGCAGGUGAUACUGGUCUUCUCUGCCUUGAGCAGCAUGUUGCUGUCAUGGACAGAACUCCUGAAAUACCAUAGAAAGCACUCAGCUGAUUUGACAUUGCCAAGUAUAUUCUGUAUACUCUUCCACUGCUGGACUGUGUCUGUCUCUCCUCCGCUUGGUGCCCCUUCCUCCAUUUUGUCAUUGUGGAUUUUAAAAAACCCUUUUAUUAUGGAGAUUAAUUAAGCUACUUGGCAAUGGAAGGUGUAUGGGUGCACUUAGACAGCUCUGUCUUUGUGCUUUUUAGGGUUUCCCCCCUUUAAAACAGAAAAAGGGCACUUAGUAUAAUGUGGAAACACAGAUAUCCAAUUUAGCAUUUGGGUGUUACAAGGAAGUUUGCUUUUCUUAAUAAAGAAAAAAGAGCAAGCACACCAAAUUGCAUCAGGAUAGGCUCAUCUGAAAAUAGCUACUGCUGCACUUUCUUCACCAAGUUGUAUCUUAAUCCUGAGUGAGAGUCCCAUUUUUUUUAUUUUUUGUUUUAUUUUUGAAGAAGCACUUGCUAUACAGACCUGCCAAAGUAUGUAUUCAGCAAUGUGCCCAGUUUUAAAGGUGUAAAUUGGACAAAAUAAAUUGUGAAAGGAAGUGUAGUUGACUGGAAACUACCAUUGUAACGAGUCUUCCACUUUUUAUAGGAUUUUUGAGCACAUGAUUAUGCAAAUAUUUUAAUGUUUAAUGUUUACAGUGGAAUUGUGAAUAGGUUUUCAGUGGACUAUCUUAUCCCUUGACAAAUGUAUUUUGUCUCUUUUUCUAUGUAAUUUCAGAGUUUUUAUUUUGUUACAAAAAGGCAAAAAAUUAAAAUAUAUAACAAUGAAGUUAUUUAACAAGAUUUCUAAAGCUGAAUUUUUUUGUGUAAAAUAAGGUAUCUUGCGACUUGUUAAAUAUAUUUAUUCAGACAUUGGAUGUUGUAUUUUUAUGUAUUUUUUAAAAAAAUAAUAAAAUAGGGGAGAAAAAGUCUUGUUAGGUUCACUCUUUCAAUAAAAUAUACCUGCCACUUAAAAAAUAAAUCCAUAUAUAGGCGGCUUUAUGUAUUAGCCAUACCUGUAUAUGAAGUGGUUUUGUCUGUUCAACCUUUCGCAGCGUAAAACUGUAAUCUGGCAUCUGGAUUAAAGUAUAACCUGUCUUGAAAACUUUGGCAGUCCUAGUACUUCUGUUGCAUUUAAGGAACACAUUUACUGGCGUUGCCCUCACAAUGCUUUGUCCCACUUUUCUCAUUUGCUGUAUUGCUGAAAUGAAUCUUGCUGCUGCCAAAGUUGAGAUGCGUCUCAUCAAAAGAAUUAGCAUGACUGCUUUGGCUGUGGAUUGUCCCACAGACUGAAAACAGUUUGUAAAUAACUUUCCCAAAACUAUGUAUUUAAGAAGGUUUGCAUAUACAUUGUGUAUAAAGUGAUUUUUUAAAUCAAUUUUUAAAAAUCCACCUUUGUACAUUGAAAAGGGGCUUUCUUCCUUUUUCCUUGUUAAUAUGCUCUAGAGUUAUAACAGAUUUAUCGAGACUGUCAGGAUCCUGAAAGUUCACGAAAUCUGACAUUCUCAGCUGUGAGAGACUUGUGAAGGGGCCGUGUAGCUGACGCUUGAUGCCUCCUGCAGUUUCAUUUUUCCACUCUCUCGAUUUGUGAUUCCCAUUCCUUCCAUUUUCAGAGAGAACUAAAGGAAAAAGUACUCUUGUAAAAAUGCACUUUUCUGUCUUUUCUUAAGCAGAGCUAUUUCGCUGUAUGAUACAAAUGGAGCUCAAUGGAGAGAGCAUUAAUAAAGGUUAUGUUUUUAAACA